AUGUGUCGACCAAAGCUCUCUUGUGUUUGUUUUUGCAAAAAAUCUCAUCUUGAAGGAUUGUUCCUGUCUCUCCUAGUACUUGUCCUAGAGCUGGUUUCUUUCUCUGUGGCUGCUACUUCCUUGUGAAAGAGCCGAGGGCAGUUUAUUGAGCAAACAUGGCCACCAAGGACUGGGUGCGGAAUGCCGGCAUGGAGCUGGACCUGGCCUGGGUCGAGUCGGCUCGCGUCAACAUGCCAGCGGCGAACAGACGCGCGGCCACGCACAAGACGCGACGCUCGGUGAAGAAGGAGUGGCAGGCUGCGUGGCUGCUGCGCGCCGUGCAGUGCAUCGAUCUGACCACGCUGGACGGAGACGACACGCCUGGAAAUGUCAAACGCCUCUGCUUCAAGGCCCAGACACCAGUGCGACAAGAUUUGAUCGAGCAACUUGGUAUGGAGCACAAGAACAUCACGUGUGGUGCCGUCUGUGUCUAUUCGUCCAGAGUGGAGGACGCGGUGCGAUCUCUCAAGGAGGCCGGAUCCACGGUACCUAUUGCAUCUGUUGCCGCUGGAUUUCCAGCUGGCCAGACACCAAUGGAGCAACGCUUAGCUGAGAUCCGUCAAGCCGUGGCGUUUGGUGCAUCAGAGAUUGACAUUGUCAUCACACGAACACACGUGCUGACUGGCAACUGGCAGGCACUGUAUGAUGAGGUGAAGGCUAUGCGUGAAGCAUGCGGCGAUGCACAUCUCAAGACCAUCCUGGCUACUGGUCAACUGGGAACUCUUACCAACGUCUACAAGGCGAGUGUUGUGAGCAUGAUGGCUGGCUCCGACGUCAUCAAGACCAGCACUGGUAAGGAGGGUGUCAACGCCACGUUUCCCGUCGCCCUGGUCAUGCUGCGCGCCAUACGCGAGUACUUCCAGCGCACCGGCUACCGCGUGGGAUUCAAGCCCGCCGGCGGAAUCCGCUCGGCCAAGGACGCACUCAGCUGGCUAGCGCUGAUGAAGGAGGAGCUGGGUGACGAAUGGACGCGACCAGAGCUGUUCCGUAUCGGUGCCUCGUCGCUACUCGGCGACAUUGAGCGUCAGCUGUUCCACCACUGCACGGGGCGCUACGCCGCCGCUUACCAGAUGCCCAUGUCUUGACUAGGCUCACCGCAGGCGGCAGCGACCGGCGGGGAUAUUGGCCCCGGGUCGGGCCCCGAUCGCCCGGUCCCAGCCGCCAACCGGAUGCUUCCCCAGGUCGAGGGCAGUGCAGUACAGCUGCCGGCUGCCAAUACUGUAGAUAAUCAAUCAGUUGCCCAUGGCAACGACGAUGGCGAUGACAGCGAUGUCCAGGACGAGUUCGUGCUUGCUAGCAGGCGUAUCUUCUGGAAGUAGGGAUUUCCCCCAGUUUAGCUUAUCGGAGAACUAACCAACAUUGUUGUAUUCCCCAUGUGCAUAUUGCCCUGUAGCAUGUGGAUUUUAAUUUUCUGAUUGAAGUUCGUUGUUACCUUUUUUACUUGAAUUUCUUGCUAGUUUUUAGCUUUAUUUUUUAACGUUUUAUAUUACUAUCGUUAGUGUGCUGGAGUUGUACAUAAUCUAGUAUGCCGCGUCGUGGUGUCCUGUCAGGAUCGAUAUUGAACUGGCACAGCCUCUCAGUA